AUUUUCAAUUUAAGUAUUGGAUUUGGCGGAGAGUAGCUUUAGUCUUCAUUGGGUUUACUUUACUUUCCCUCUCUCUAAACGCUCUCUCUAGAGAGAGAAAAUGAGUAGAUAGAUCAGUGAGAGAAAAGACAGAAACUACCAAUAAAUAGCACAAAACAAGAAAGUGAGAAAAGGAAAGGGAAGCAAAGUUUAUAAAGUGGGAAAAAAACAUUAAAGCAGUUGCUGUUUUCAGUUGGUUGAUGGUGGAAAAUCCACUUGGCGUGUUGCGGCAUCCCAGGGGCAAAUAAGUCAAUCCGGCAUCCUUCCCAUGCUUGCCGCCGGGGCCGCGCCGGUUGCAGCCAUCGGCAGCACCAUCAGUCGGCUAAGCAGAACGGUGUUCAUCAGAGGUGGCGGAGGAGGAGUCUGGAAAGAUGCGGUGGCAAAUGGCGCCGUAAUCCUCGGUUUCACGGUGUUUGCUGGCGUCGCAUUAGCUGCCGUUGUCUUCUACACCGCUAGGGGUCGUCUCAAAUCCCCGUGGUCUCGCAGAAAAAGGAAACGCGUACUCUCACCUCAGCAAUGGAGAAGUUUGUUCACUCCAGAUGGAAAACUCCGUGACAAUGGAGUUAAAUUCUUGAAGAAAGUCCGCAGUGGAGGUGUUGAUCCGAGUAUUCGUGCUGAGGUUUGGCCAUUUCUUCUUGGAGUCUAUGACUUGACAAGUACUAAAGAAGAAAGAGAUAUCAUUGCAACUCAGAAAAGAAAGGAAUAUGAAAAAUUACGGAGACAAUGUAGGCGACUUCUUAAAUAUAGGAGUCCUGGUAGUGGAAGUCUCACGGAAGGCAUGGGUUCCCCCGACUCUGAAGACGUUGUGAGUGCCAGAGAAUCCCUUUCCAGUGAGGAAGGGUUACAGUAUAAUGAGGAAGCAGACCAGCCUACCAGCUCAAUGAUGGAUGGAUAUGCAGGGUCAAAACGAAUUACAGAUUCAAAUAUUGCUUCUGACUCAGAUUCUUUGGACUCUGACUCCUCCGAUGACCCUGAAGUAAGUCAAACUUUCAACUUUACAGUAAGCGCAGAGGAUAAUGAUGCUGACCUGCCCUUAAAGGAGGAUUUGUCUCCCUCGAAAAUGGAAAUCCAGUCAGAACCCUGCAGUAGAGAAGAUUUUGCCACCUGGCAGCGAAUUAUCCGCCUAGAUGCUAUUCGAGCUGAUGCAGAAUGGCAAACAUACUCCCCAGUACAGGCUGCAGUAUCGGAUGCCAAAGCACGUCGUGCUGCUGAGGUCGUUGGAUUGAAAGAUUAUGAUCACCUCGAUCCUGGCAGGAUGUUCCAUGCUGCUCGCUUAGUUGCUGUUCUUGAGGCCUACGCGCUCUAUGAUCCUGAAAUUGGCUAUUGCCAGGGAAUGAGUGAUCUACUUUCUCCCAUAAUUUCUGUGAUGACAGAGGACCACGAAGCUUUCUGGUGUUUUGUGGGUUUCAUGAAGAAGGCCCGUCACAAUUUCAGGCUCGAUGAAGUUGGAAUCAGAAGGCAGCUGAACAUCGUUUCUAAAAUCAUCAAGUACAAGGACUCGCAUCUUUACAGGCACUUGGAAAAACUUCAAGCCGAGGAUUGUUUUUUCGUGUACAGAAUGGUGGUAGUAUUAUUUAGAAGGGAACUUACGUUUGACCAGACGUUGUGCCUUUGGGAAGUCGUUUGGGCUGAUCAGGCUGCAAUUAGGGCGGGAAUUGGGAAGUCUGCUUGGAGCAGGAUAAGGCUACGAGCACCCCCAACCGAUGAUCUAUUGUUAUAUGCAAUUGCAGCUUCCGUAUUGCAAAGGAGGAAACAAAUUAUAGAAAAGUAUAAUAGCAUGGAUGAGAUUUUAAGGGAGUGCAACGCAAUGGCUGGGCAUCUUGAUGUGUGGAAGCUCCUUGAUGAUGCACACGACUUGGUAGUGACCCUCCAUGACAAAAUAGAGACUCCGUUAUGAUGUGUGUCGUAAAAGGUUUCAGUCAGCUAAUUUAUUCAUUUUAAGUAUGGUAGAAAAAAAUGUUCCUAAAAUCUUUCUCCGCAAACAAACUAGGGACAUGCUUUGCGCAAAGUAGCAAAGCUAAUAUGACAGGCUGUUGUGAACGAUGUUAUGUUUGAUGACAAAAUAUUGGUGAAAUUCUAUCCUGCCCAUGGACACUACAGAUUGAAAAA